AUGGAGAAGAAGAUGGAGAAGAUGAUCCACAACAACAUGCAGCUCCUCGGCAACCGCAUCCCGAAGGCGAAGCGCGCCCAGACGAUCCUGGACAUGGCCCGGAUCCAGCACGAGAAGAAGCGACAGCGCGUGAUCGAGGAGGACGAGGAUGACGACGACGUGCCAAUUCUUCUACCCGGCAGCCGAACGCCGACGCCAGUAGCGCAAACAAACGUCGCCCGCGCCUCGCCUCUGGAAGGCCACGUUGACGCAGCCUCGACGCCGACUGCGAGCAAGCCUGCGAUCCGCGCCGGUAAGCCUCAUUUCUCUCGUCUUGAAGCACUUGGC